AUGUCUACGUCGCAUUUUUUUUCUCUAUUGCUUUCAACUGACAGCUAAGGUGCAUUGGUAGUUGCUACGACUGUUCGUAGGUGCAGUUGUCUCCUUUUCACAAAUCCCAGGUUGCUUUGCUUCGCUACAAUCAGUGGAUACAGGAUUUCCAAAACAGAGGCCAGUGAUCUUGAGGACUGCCUCGUUGAACAUACAUAAGAAAGGUUUUUGUAGACUACUAGCAGUAUAAUGAUGUUUUGUCAAUAGAGCUGUUUUUAUGUGCUUUAUACAUUAGAGACUGAAACAUAAAGGAUAGCUGAAGUGUUUAUGAUGCUUCCUCUUUUUAGAGACACGCAAAGAAGACAUGUGCAUAAAACAAAAGUGCAAAGUACUUACUUGGAAAAGUUUGUUACAACUACAGAUUGGUUGUUAGCACUGUGAUGAGUUUGCAGCAAAGAAAAGAGGCAUCAGUCAAAAGGAGAAAGAUGAACAACGAGGCCGAGUGUGAAGAAAGAGUGAAACCUCUGUCUUUGCUAUGCAUUAAGAGCACUGAGACAUAUUUGAAAGGGCUUAUUUUAGUCUAUGUUAAUUCUAAUUCAUCUGAAACUUUUACAAAUUAUCUAAGAGAUGUAAUGCAGUCAAUUCCUCCAAAUUUUCAUGCAGAAUUCCUUGACAAGUUAGCUCCCUUUUUUGAUUUCAUAACUUGUUGGGAAGUCAGUCAGACUGUUCUCGAUUUCAUUGAUGAGCUCGCCCUAAUUCUUUUAUCUCCAUCAAUUACACAGAUUGAUGUUGACAAGUUUAAAUUUCCAACUAGAAACCCAUCAAAAUAUCUUAAAGCCUUAGGUCUUGCUAAAAGCCUUAAAGCUUUUGUAAGUCAAAAGGAAAAUGUGUGGAAGUACUCAAUUAGUAAGUUUAGGCUGCUGUCAUCAGCAUUAAUGAAAAUGCCAUUACUAAUUCACUUAACAUUACGACAUCUUAAGAUCUCUAGUAAUGAAAUCAACGUACUGUUAGAAGGUUUAGCAACAAACAGUCCCCACCUUUCUUAUUUAGACUUAAAAUACAGUGCUAUCACCGACUUAGGUUUUGACACAAAAAUGGUAGAAAAAUUUGGUAGGAAAUGUGACAAUGUUGAUUGCAUUCCAGCAUUGUUGAAAAUGAAAAAUCUACGUCACCUUAACAUUAGUGAAUCUUGGGUGUCUUAUUGUGGUGUCAAAGCAAUAGUGCAAAAUAUGCCCCUUGAGAGACUAGAUGCCGUUAUGGAUGAGAACUAUGAUCUACAAGCUGUAGUGAUUAAAAGUUUACUUGCGUCUAAUUGGGACCCUCCAUUAUCAUUAGCACGUAAAGCGUAUUGCCUUGCUCAAGAGGAGCAGCAUAUUAGCUCAGUUUGCAAAGCCUGUCCAUUGCUUGAACAUGUAACUAUUCAGCAGUGUUAUAAUGUGAACAUUAAUACAUAUUUUUCAGCACUAGCUGAGCUAAAGUUUUUGAAGAAAAUUACCUUAUGUGGUUUAGAAUGGACAUUGCAUGGAUCUCACAUACCAAUAGAUGAUGAGCCACAAGUGAUUAGUUCAUUGGUAACUGAAAUUACACUUCAGGAACCCUCUUGUGUUGAUGCACAUUCUUUAGGAGUCCUGUCAUUAUGCUUUCCUCAAAUCACUCACCUGUGGAUAAUAGGAUCACAAGAUGAAGUCAGUGAUGUCCCAUGGAGUAGAGGACGAGCAUUCACCAAACUCACUCAUUUACAUUACCAAGGCUCACUGUAUGUCGGUGAAUUUGGAAGAAUUGAGAGAGAACAAGGAAUGCAGAAUGUAUUAGAUGUGUUGCUUGGAUGGUGUAAACAGCUUCGGUGUCUCACCCUGUACACUGACUACCUCGAUUCACAUUUGCUGUUUUAUCCUGUCCAGAGAAAUGGCCUUCACUAUUUAGAGGAACUUAGAAUUGGUCUACAGAGAGAUCUUAGUGCAGACACCAUUAUGUGUUUGUUGAGUGGAACUUAUGUCCUUAAAAUUCUAGGGCGAACUGAUUGGUGGACUUCAAUGACAGUGCAGAGUCGGCAGUUUCUUAUCAAUAUUUUAAAGGCAAGGUAUUGGAAUCUGGAGGUGUUUGGGUUAGAUGAUACCAGUGAUGUUGACCGUGACCCUAGACCAAACAGUUUUCACCAAAGAAGUUAUGUUUGGUAGUUUUAUUUAAGAUAUUGUGUAUUGAACCUAUACAUUUGUUGAUAAGAAGUGGAGUCUUUUCAUUAUGAUUUUUGUUAGUUAUCCCUUAUUCGUUUUUUAGUCUUUACUGGAAUGUUUUUAUUUAAGUUGUAACAUUAUUGUUAUUUGUUUAGUUGUUUAUAUUAGGUGGGGCCUUUAAAAUAUGCAGUUAAAUCCUAUUUAUCCAGUUUUCAGUUAUUGUAGCCCCAAGCAACUUAGCCAUGAUAAAUGAAAAAAAAAAGAUAUAAAAGUUAAAAAUGAUUGAACUUUGCAUUGAACUCAUUCAAAUUUCACCACACCCCUUGUCACACAUGCCAACUCUUCUUUUCAAGUCUGCAGACAUGAAAACAGCCAUACUGAAGGAAACUUUCAUUACAUUAUGUAUUGAACACUGAUGUAAGAGAGUGCUGUAGGUGAUAUGAAAUCCUUUUCCUAAGUCAUUGAAUAAAUUAAGCAAUUAAAAAAAUCUUGUACUUUGUUUGCAGCCAAGUAGACUUAGUACCUUUUACAACUGAUGUAAAAAAUAAUACAGUACAACAGAUACUCAAGAUCUUCACAAUUUUUGGUAUCAAAACUUGAUAGGUCCAAAUGUGCUUUUAUUUCUAAAACCGUGAUUCUAGAGAAUGCUGCAAAUAUAGGGUAGGUAGCCAUAUAAGAUUUGUGCAAUUUCUCUUUUAGCCACUUCCAUGUUGACUGAACUUUUCAUCCAUAGGCAAGGCAUUUGAAACCUUGUUAUGAUGUGUUGCAAGAAUAAUUAAAAUCAACAACAUACUUGUUGGACAGUAAAGUAACACCUCAACUUAUCAUUUGUCAGCUUCAUUGGUGUCUGGCUAAGCUAUCCUUUUAGAAAAUUAUGCAUUUUGCUCCUGAGUCUUUAUGUUAAAUUAUAUGUAAAUCACAGUUUACUCUAGGAUGGAAAUUAUGAUAUUGUUAGCUUUGUGGAUAUCUUUAAUUAAUGUUGAAUUUUGAAAUUUUCUUUAGGGUUUUUUCUUAUCAGAUUGUACCACUCAUGAGAGGCCCAUAUCCAUAAAACAUUUGGUAAGCUUAGGUAUGGUUUUGUCAGGCUAUGGUUAUAUACAUACUGCACUUACUCAGGAUAUUUUUUUGUUUUACAAAGUACAAUCUUUGCAAGUGCUUAUGUAAUUUAAUUUCAUGCUUACACUGCAUUCUUAGGUACAGUGUUUCACAAGAGCAGCAAAAGGCAUAAUUUUCUACAAUGAUAGCUUAGCCAGAAAACAUCAUAAAAAUAAAACUGAUGAUUACAGAAUUUUGAUACAUUGAUAUGUUACUUUACUGGCCAAUAAGAAUGUUGCUAAUGUUACACAUACAAUAGGUCAAGCCUAUGAUUACUGUAAAGUACAGUUUUUUAAUGUUUGUUUUAUAGUACAAACACUGUUAGUUAUUAUAUGAAUUAUUUCUCUUCCUGUGCAUUGCAUAGGGGUCAGUGCUCUAAAGUUAUGAAUACUUUGUAGUUACAUGAAAGAAUAAAGGCAAGGCUUGCAUAGUUAGCCUAGGCCACCAUCAACUGGGCUACAUAUAACUUUCAGAUUUGAUAUUUAGAGAGAGUCAUAAUUAUUAUAAGUAAGGAUAUAUGGUUAGUACAGUAUGAAAAAAUGAAACAAGCAUCUUUAUUUUUACUUUUGUAAUAGUUGAUUUUACAAAAACUGUUUUAUAGAUAUCCAAAAUUUGCUGUUGUCCACAUACAUUUAUCCUUGAAAAAUUUUGAUAAAAGAGAUUUUAUUAAGUGUACAACAUGUUAUUGUGAUAAAUAACAAACAUUACUUUGCAGAGGACUCACAACCAAGCCCUGCUUUGCUAAUUAAAAACUUGCUAAGUGGUGAUUUUACAUCACAUGCUACAUCACUUGAUUUUAAGGGUGACCAAUUUUACCUGUAAUUGCUGUUACUUUUGUUUGGCCUGUUUGCAUCUAGAACCUUCGAGGUAGCUGCUCUGGUUAAAAUUUUUCCAAAUUUAUGUUUGUCACAACUCUUCCACUAUGUCUGUAUUUGAAGCUGCUUUAUUAAAGAUGCAUGGAAAUCUUCACAUCAUAUUCUGCCAAUUUUCUGAUUGUCUCCAGCUAACGAAGAGGACUAGUAGUACUCAUAUUCCUGGUAAUGAGCUGGACCUGGUCAUAAGAGAUGUUUCAACCAUAUUUAGGAGUGAAUUUUGCAAAUUUAUUGGCUCCUCUUAUCUCUGUUCCAUGGGAACAGUGAUAAGAGGCUGUCAGUUGGAAAGUACAUAAUACGUAGUACAUACUGUAGAAUAGAAACUUUCCAGUGCUGUGCUUUGAUGAACAGAAGUUCAUGUCCAUCAAAUCGUCUUGGGAAAAUACACUGCCAUCAGGUCACCCAAAAGGAAAAUUCACCCUGGUGAAAGUUCACCGUUGAAUAUUUUGCUGGAAAAAACAUGGAAAGUAGCUAUAGUAUUUUUUUUUUGUUAACUGUGUUUUUUUGAGUAGUUUAGGAAUCUGUGAAACCUACUCACAGGAUGCAACCACUUCAAUUAUACAUGCUAGUUUUUCUUCUGAUACCCUUAAAAUUGACAUUUUUUUGUGCUGGUAAAUAGAGGUCAAAAUUGAACCGUACACAGUUUAUAUUACUUGUGAUGAACAAAUUCAAAGACAUAUUUUGAAUUACAUCACUGAUUAUAUGAGGUUAGCACAUAUCAAGCAAAUUCUAUUUUUUUAAAUAGCACAUAAUUCCUGUAUUGAAUUCUUCAUAUUUUAAAGGUGUCUAAAUAUAUUCUUUUAAAGUUUUUCUCUUUAUUUUGUCAAAUCCUUUUGCUGUGAAACUGAAAUGUGCAGUGAACCUUUCCUGUGGUGAAUUUUCUUCACAGUGAACUGGUGGUGGUGAAUUUUUCCAAGGUGAAUUGAUGGCCAUGUUCUUUAAGUACAUUAUCCAGUGCAUGUCCCAAAGGGGGUUCUGUAAGCCAAUAAUUACAGGCCAGUGUUAAUUUUACCAAGGCUGCUUAAAACUGUGAAAAGUAACCCUGUAAUUACCUUAAAUUUAGACUAGGGCCUUCAGAGUGGUCAAUAAGUUCUUGGGAGCUCAAGAGAGGGUCGAUACAGAUCAGGAGUUGAUUGAACUAUUGAGUUUAAAAUCCUACUUUUUAUAUAAAAAAUAUAGGAAAUAUAAUACAAUACAGUCAUACCUCGGUUAAUAGAUGUUUCUCCUAACAUGCAAUAUAGUUUAAGGAUCUUUUGUCCGUGGAAAAAUCUGCCCCAUUAAUGGACUUAGCACAGUUCAAGGACAGACAAACCUGAGUGGCUGAAGCUCGCAUGAGAUUAGGCAUGUCGUGUGCAUUCCAAGCUUGAAACAAAGGAAAGGGUUUAGCCUAUGCCAGUGUCUAACUUAGUGCACAUCUCUGCUAAACUCUCUUUUGUUCCUCUAUGCGUCCUUUUACAAUUCCAGUGCAAAUAUAUAAGCCACCAUGGCUCUUAAGAGGGUUAGAGAUGCCGGAAGGCUGAGCCUGAUGUGGAGGAUAUUGUUUCUCUUGGGCUUGGAGGUUAGUAAUGAUGAUGUAGGGGGAAGUGCAGAAUUUUGUUAAAAAAUAUCACCCUGACAAAGCUAUUAACCUGCUGAAUGACAAUAUUAUCUCUUACUUUAAAAACACAUUUUAAGAUUUAGGCAAAAAGAAACAUCAUUGGACAGGUUUUGACUGAGAAAGAAACACUGAAUUUCGAGUAGCAUAAAAAAAAAAAAGAAAAAAAAAAAAAAAAAGGACAUGCUCAGAAGCACUGUUGUCUGCCAUUUUUAUGCAAGAGGAUUCCUUAUCCAAAAAGUAACUUUUCUCCUUUUCACCAUGCCCAUCAUCUACCAUGUAUGCCAUCAACUCUUCCAAUUAUAAGUAAAGUAAGAACAAA